CUGUAGGCCUGUGACCCCAAGUGACCUAAAACAUGGCUGCCAGAGGAAGCUAUGUUUUUGUUGUGUUCGCCAUGGUUGUGAGUAUUACUGUAGAAGGUACCAUUGAUGAAGAACUCAGCAGGUUUCUCGGGGAGAAGGAGGAACUUCUCCGUACAUUGGAGCAGGACGUGUUGGUGGGGUAUCAGCGGAAGUGUGGAACACAGUGUAACUUCGACAGGAACAUCUAUGCCUGUUCCUCCCCUGUGUUGGAGGAAGAAUCAGUUUGUUCUCAGGACUACGGGGUCUCCAUAUCCACUGAUGCUGGCUGUACCACAUGUAGUAACAGGAAGUUGAGCAUGUCUCGAUCCUACGUCCGGACCCCCAGCAGAGAAGCCACCUGCACAGAUGCAUUAAAUAUGGACAUCUGUCUGUCACAAGGACUAGACAACUCAUUCAGGGAAAACUGGAUGUCUAUGGACAAAGAGGAAUCAGGAGUUAAAUGGCAGUUCUUUGCUUCUCAGAGUGGCAUGUAUAGAAUGUUUCCAGGUGUGGCACAGGAGCGUUGUCAUGACUACGACCCCCGUUUGAGGGCGUGGUACGUGUCAGCGACCACGGGACCUAAGGACGUGGUGAUUGUGAUUGACAGCAGCGACUCCAUGGACUUCCGCCCCAGUACCAGCCCCUUAACACUCAUGGGGUUAACUAAGGAGGCUGUCACUUCUGUGUUGUGGACUCUCACACACUUAGACUAUGUUGCAGUUGUGUCUUUUGCAACACUUGCCCAGCAGCUGACCAUCCAGAACAAGAACACUUUGAUCCGGGCUACUCGAGACAACAUCCAGGCUCUUACUCAAGAAGUAAGGAGGGUGGAGCCCAAUGGACACACCAAUUUUGAGGCAGCUUUCAGGACAGCCUUUGACAUCCUGCGGAGGUCAGAGGUCGUCUCCAGGACAGCAGGAUGUAACAAGAUGGUGCUGUUCAUGACAGACGGAGAACCAACCAGAGGAGAGAGGGAGCCUGAACAACUCACUCAGAUCAUCAGUUCCUUAAACCAAAGGGAGGAUGGCUCCAAGUUUGCCUCAAUAUUUACAUAUUCAGUAGGAGAGCUGGCAGACACUACCAUCACCAAGAAAAUAGCCUGCAAUGAAGGGGGUGUAUGGUCUGAGGUAGAAAUGGUUGGUACAGCCUCCCUGGCUGAACAGCUCAGUCAGUACUUUGACUACUAUGGCACACUGAGGGAGGGACAGGGACAGGUCAUCUGGACAGAACCAUACAUGGAUGCCUUCGGUGCAGGUGAGGUGAUCACAGGAGCCAAAGCUGUGUAUAACACCACCACAGUACCACAGACACUCCUGGGUGUAGUAGGGAUAGAUGUGGCAAUCUCUGCCACAGAGAAGAUAACUACAGAUAAACAGGACUUGUUGGACACACUGCGGAGUCGUUCCAGUUCCUGUGCAGACAUCAGAGAGAGCAGUGAGUGUGAACUGGAGCAGCUCAGACAGAAGGUGUACGAACAAGGAACUAUCAGAUAUGAGAACAACUCAGCCAAAUGGUGUGACCCUUCCUUAGCUCAGGAGUGCACCCUCCCUGUAGCUGAACAAUGUGAUAACCAGUAUCAACAGUACAGUAACUGUAGGAACCACAGCACAGAAAAAGUGGACUAUGUGGCCGCAUCAUGUUGCAGUAGAUAUGAUGAACCAUGUCCAAGUUUCACAACAAGGAUCAGCAGCAGCUUACAACUUCUCAGCAUUUCAGUAGCAGCUCUUCUGAGUUUUCUUUAUGUUAACAUGAUCCUACCAUCAUAGCAUAACCCGACACAACUUUCUACUGAUCUUAAAUCAUUAACAAUAUAUGGAAUAUUGUGACAUUCCUGAGUUCUCACUUAUGUAUUUUAUGUAUAUGAAAUAUAUAUAUAUGUAUCAUGAACAGUGGUCUCAUCUUUAUGUGUUAUUAUGUCAGAAGAUGAUGUUAGAAUUAUAAUUCCUAAGGUUGAUGGAUUAAAAUGGUCUGUAACUUAGUAAACAAACUUUCUUACUAAUUGUAAGUAAUCGUCAUAUCUUAUGGCAUGUUUUCAUGUACGGCCUGCAUUUGUGUGUGUCUUUAUCAGUUUGUAUAAAUAAGAAUAUCUAAAAAUUGAAAUGUACGAUGCUGUGUGUGUGUUUUGUCCAUUCUGCCCAAAUGAGAUCGAUGACGAACGUCACUUCGUUAUGGAUUGCUCUCGAUAUGAUGAUAAACGCACAGAGCUUUU